AAUCUAAAGAAAUCCCAAACACGUUAAUCUAUAGAAGUCAGAAGUUAACAAAAUGGCCAAAGGAUUAUCUGUGGCACUGGCGUCUUACAAAAUGUGGAAGAUGUUCAUUCAUUGUAUUCAUACGUUGUUUUUGUAUUUCAUUCGUUCAAUCAUUCAUUCAUUCUCAGUCAAACAAAACGUCAAAAAUGCCCAUACGUUCACGUUUCUAAAUAAUAUUUAUAAAUAUAAAUUAAAACAGUGUUAUUGCCUUAUCUUACACUUGUAACAAGUGUUAUUUUUUUUUUACUUUUUUCAUAUUAUGAUACGACGUUAAGUAUUAUCCAAUGCAAGUGGAACGAAGACUAAACGUGUUGAGCCAGCUAGAGUAUGAGGACGGCACAAACGGCAAAAUAAAAUUAAUGCCCACUAAAAUGAUGGAAACACGAUAUUACGAGGGUUGUGGCCGAGAAGGACCUAUACGGUGCAUAUUUCUCGGCGAAUUCCACACCGUGGCAGGCCCUAAGAUUUCGUGUCAGUUUCCAGAAGACUACAUCUCCAAAGAAGUGUUUGACUCAAUCAGUGCAUUCAUAAUACCCAAGCCUCAGAUCCAGAGAUGCUCCAUGACUAUAAAUGCCCUUGGGCAUAAGAUUGUGGGGUAUCCCAUACGAAUAGACAAUCCAAGAUAUGAACGUAACAUCUACCUGUUCAAUAUCUGCUUCGUAUGUGAUAGCUGGUCCAAGACUGUCCAGUAUGAACCAGUGGUCAAGAAGCUGGGGGAGCAUCUGACAAUAAUGGAAGAAGAGACUCGGUUCGUGUCGAGCGGAUCGAGUAAGCUGCCGACCCUCCUGGCACACCUUCUGCAUGACCUGAACACUCAUCGCAAAGCCACGCUAGUCGAGGGCGACACUGUCAUGCACUUGAAAGUGCUGGAAGUACGCAAAGACCCACCACCAGUCUUCGACCACCACGUGCCGGUGCUCGUUGCCUCUGUAGGCCUGCCCAGACCCGGCCGUCCUCGACGUACCACUCCACCUGAGGGUUCAGAACCCAUCCAAAGCCAGGAACACCUUGAUGUCGAUGAUGAAGAACCGUUUGAGAUCGACCUAGAAGCCGAAUGGGACUUAACAACUAGGCAGCUUUUACCUUAUAUCGACGGCUACAACCACGUUUCCAAAAUAGCGGCGGACACUAACGUAGAGAAGACCCUGGUCAAGUCCUGUAUUCAGAACUUGGUCUACUACGGCGUGGUUACUCUGCUUCCCGUGAUGAAGUUCAGCAACAUGUACCGGGCUACUCCCAACCUCAGCCGACUGUUCAGCGACCCUGAACUGCAGAAAUCUUGCUUAGCCUUCAUCAGUAAAGGGAACGACUCUAAAGAAAAGCCCACAAUAUCGGACGUGUUGGAGAUCCUGUGCGCGCUGCAACAGGGCACCACCUUGCGCACAGUAUGCGAAAGGCUCACCACCUCGCCCGGUCCCACGUUCGAUAUACGACGACUCGUGGUCUAUGCGCAACUCCAUGGACUCAUCAAAUGCCUUAAAAAGUACCCGGUAUUUCUGCGCAAUCCACCGCGCCCAAACGGGUUCAACAACCGCGUGGAUCCUAUCCUCGGCAUCCGACGGCUUUUCACCGGCCGUCAUUGUGCUGACGAGAUCUGCUGCAUCGCGCGCAUAGACCUGCCUACCCUAGACCAGAUCAUAGAAGACGAUCCUAACGUAACUAUCAUCUGGAGAUAGAAAUAAUCCUGGAUUGACUCGGUUAGGUGUCGGUUCGGUUAUAAAUGGUCGCGGAUUUGUUAUUCACUGUAAGUCUAGUUGCUGACUUCUAUAGGGGAGCUCAACCAAUUUUCUUUUACCCUCGAAAUUGUAUUUAAAGGUUUUUGUUGUACGCGACGUGUAGCGGGGUAACGCAAGGCCUGACACUGACAAGUAUUUUAAAAGUUCUAGAUUCAAUCAUACAAAAUUACAAAUGCCUAUAAAUUAUCUUCAAAAUUCCACUAUCAGAUAUGUCACGUAAUUUACAUAAUACAGCCUUUUCAUUACCUACUUAUUUACGAAAUACAAGAUACUUUGGUGUUACUAAAUUAAAUACAGUUGCUUAUUCGAUCAUUUAACUUAAGAGCAUGACUCGGGCAUAGCAUGUAACAUCAUGUCUAUAGAUCCCUGAAGGGAUCGACAGAGGAGUGCAUUUUAAAUGUAAUACUCACUUUCUCUCGUUUAUGUCAUGAAUAUCAUGCUAGGAGAAACAAAACCUACAACACAGUGUCUAAGGCCUGGCAUCGAUCCUACCGCAUGUCGUGUGCUUAAUAAAGAAUCGAUGUCAUUUCUUAUUAUUUUGAACUCAAUUUGUUUUACUGUCACAACAGUCUGUUCCUAGUCUUACAGUCAACUAAUAACUCCGCGUUGCUGAGCUAACUAUAAGUCGAGGGCUAUGCGAACACCUAAUAGGUUACAGACUCGAUGCCAGCAAAUAAAAUCGAUGCCAUACUCCACUGCAUUUUGGCAGACAAAGUGUACCAUAUAUGAUCGACGUAAGUGUUGGAGAUAUACAGUGGAGCAUGAGAUCGGUUUUAACUAACCUCUUCUGAAUUACACCUAACCUUUAGGGCGACCUUACACCUGUAAGUUUAACUCUCUCGAGGUACACUUACAGGUGUAACGGCUCGCAUAAGUUAGCGUAGUGUAGCGUAGAACACAGAGUUUUAUUCCUGUUAAAGCUAGACUGCAAAGUCUGCGUAGAUUAAUCAACACGAUGCAAAAGGUGGGUUACAUCACUAAUUAGCUGUAUCGUUUGGCAUUCACGUGCUUUCCAAAAUGUCGCUUACUUGUGACCUCUGUACCACUGUAUUAUAUACGACUAUAGCAUAGCAUAACUAUCGGCUCUGUGAUCGGCUCUGCGAUGUCUGAAACGUGGUUGUAGCGACAUCUAUUGACAAUAUCUUAAGUUCGUUUUUUUAAUGCCAGAGACUAAUUUGACACUUGCGAAUGUCAAAUUCAAAUAAUAAUAUUGUGUGAUAUUAUUCAUACGACACAGGUCUGGUAAUCAUGGCGUUUAUGUUGUAUUAUUUUAUUUACACGGACACAAUACGACUAGUAGCUUGCUCUUCUUCGCUCCAUUGUAUAAAAACCUUUAGUCCACUUAUCAUUAUAUUCACACAUACCUCCAAAAAUAUCGAAAAUUCAUAAAAAAUAUAAAUUUUACGCUAUGUGCGUCCACAUGUCAUGAAUUUUCCAAUUGCAUUUAAAAAAGAGCUUCCAUAUAUUUUGCAGAUUUACUUUAAAAAAUUUAACAGUUGGAAUAUUAUUUUAGUCUCUGUAAUUAAAAAUCGGACUGUACGACGUCACUUGGACAAGUAAAAAGGACUGUUUACCACCUGGUCCUAGCCUAACUCCGGCCAUGGCGUACAUCUAGCUAGGCCGGAGUUACGCCGUGCCGCCGUACCGCCGCAACACACGACGUUGAGCCUAUCCCACGACCGGAUGGGGAAUGCUCUAUAAGUCGGCAGCCGCCACAAGUUUCGCCAUUAACCACAUGUUCGUUAAGUACACCUUAUUAUCGUGCUGUUAUCGUGUUUAUUAAAAUUAUGUCAUCACAAAUUAUGUCUUUAUAUUAUAAUUUGUGUACAAUAGAACCACUGCCAAUACAGGCAUUUAUGCUUUUGAAACAAGUAAAGAGUUGCUAGCGCUGUAACUCAAUCUAGAAUAUAGUUGUGUAUAGUGCUGGCAACUUUAUACUCCGUGUAGAACUUUUAUUUCAUCGUCUUCGUUGAGUAUUUAUUGUUUUAGGGUGUAAUUUAAGCUAGGUCGGCUUGCAUGUAGGGUGUGACGAAUAUGUGAACUAGAUGAAUAUAUCAAUGUUGCCAAUUCAGAGAUUUAUACAGAGCAUAUAUUUCGUAUAAGCAGAGUAUAUUAGAUUAACGGUUGUUCAUCCACAAAUGUGUAAGGUCUGUCUUUAUUGGCUGAUGAUUUCCACAGUAAUUAUUAACUAAAGUGGAAUCAUUAAGUGUAAUUUUCUUUUUGUACUAGCAUGGGUACACUGUCUUCGAAAAUGUAAAAUCAAUAUUAAAAUAACAUCAUCAACAAAUUGAAUAAAAUCAUUAACAACUCCACAACUUGCAUCCGAGUAUCCGACACGCUUGACAUCAGCAAUCCACCAAUCAGAAGAUUUUCCCAUGCUAGAACCAAAAAUAUAAAAAACUUUAUAUUUCAUAUAACCUGGACUAGGGGACCAACAAGCUUAUUCUUUGGUUUAUCAAGUUUCACAUUACACUUAUCAACAUCAUCGUCAGCCCGUUCAUCAACUGCUGGACGUAGGCCACUCCAAAUACCGCUCAGCUUUCUUAAUCUUGUCCAACCAUGUCCAUCCCAAAGAGGGACCUUACAUAUUUGUAAAAUACAGAGGUUUAUCGCGUAGGUUAGAUAGAACGUAAGCGUUGACUAAUAUUUACAAAAAGAGUCUAAUUUAGUAAUAAUUCAUACUAUAUUAUAUGUAGUAUUAUAAUUUUGUAGUAUUACUAUUUUAUUUUGUAGGUUAACAUAUCCGUACUUAUGCUUUCAUGUUUCAUUAUACAACUCUUGGCAUUUCGAUAGCAAAUUUAGGUCAAUGUUUAGGAAACGAAAUAGAAAAUAUACAAUUUUUGCAAUAUCUGACACCAAAACAAUGAAAUAGUCUAAAACUGUAUACAUAAUAGCAUUAGUUCGGGUAUUUUAUUAUUAGUAUAUAGUAGUAUUUAUCUAUAUAAUAAUAUGCACUUUACCGUCGCUUUUUAGGACCACAUUUUGUUUCUAAAGACUCCCUAAGUUCUGUCUAUACAUCUCAAAAGUUAUAGUUUUAUUUUGAGCAACAGUAUUCACUUUCAGUAUGACAAUUUUUUAAUGUUUCAAUUUACUAAAUUUUAGCUAUGGAAUUGGCUUCAAGUUGUCCCCUGCACUUAGUACUAGGAGUAGAGUAGAAUAUGUACAUAAGUAGGAACUGGUACGGUCAAAUAAAGUAAUAUCUAUCAUUACUUAACAUACUGGGUGAGUCCCGAUAUAAAGGGAUUAGUAGAUAAUUAUAUCUUAUAUAUAAUGUAGUUUCUAGUUUUACGAUCUAUAAGCGUUAUUUGUAAAGUAUAGCUUUUGAACACGACGUUUCUUUAUAAGCAGACCAAUAUUAAACACAAACAGAACAUCUAAAAAACAAACGGAAAACAACAGCUAUCCCGUCGACAAUUAUAUCCCGUAUACAAUUUCAUAGAAACAUUCCAUCAACGGAGUAAAAAAUAAUAAUAAGUAGUUACUGUCGUGUGCGCACCUUACCGGCGCAAUCCUCUUUUUGUAACGUCUGCUGUUUAAAGCGUAUUCCAAAUUCACCCAAUUGCAUAUAGGUAGGAUAGGUUUAGCCAUCCUUGACUUGUCUUAUAAUUUUCACCAAAACGGUGGUCUGCGCUUAAAAAAACGUCGUGGGCAAAGACUUGAGUUUUACCUAGAACACCUUAACAUCGAAACAGUAUCAAACAUUUUUAACAUUUUGUUGUAUGUGUUUGUAAAUCUCGAAUGACAGAAAUGUAUAACCGAUCUCGAUACAAAAUCUUCAUAUUAACAUCGUUUUUUGACAAAUGCUAAAAUUUCAGUCAUAAAUCCAGAUCGAUCCAGAAUCUUAGAACUUAGAUCUACUAAUAAUUUGUAACUGUAAAAAUAUGUUUUGAUUAUGCCAACUUAAUACUGAUUUCAUUGUAAUACUUGUACUCUACGAAUAACCUUGUAGCUGUAGAAGGGUGUUAGAGUAAAAGAGAGAUGUCACCAAGUGAAUUGGCCACUGAGCCAAAGACGAACAAAUCCAUAUCUUAAAUGUCGUCCAAUUUCGAUUUCGUUACACAUAAGGGCGGGACCAAAAACAAAUAAAAAAUAAAACAAACAAAAUACCCCCCUUAUGUGAAAUGCGAUUCGAAUAAGUAUCUCGUUUACAAUAACACUAUUUAGUAUAAUUAUUUUAGGUAGGUUCAUCACUGCGCGGUUUUUGAAUCAGGCAGUCGACGCGAGACGUCGCGACACCGACGUGGUCUGAUUCAAAACUCGCGUACUCAUUAACGAAUAGGUUCAUUUGUAAAUUUUUGAAAAGCGCGCCUAACAGCUUAUGAAAUAGAAUUAACCUGAAGGUUUGUCCUGUUCUUAAUUGUAAAUUCACUUUGAGAAAAAGUAAUGGACGAAUACAUAUGUAAAUAUCUAUGCGUUCAAGUAUACGUCACAUCUAUGCAUGCAAGCAAGUCUAUGGCACAUACAGUCCAACUUUGUAACAACAGAAAUAACUGAUAGCGGCUAUUAGCUACUAGUCAACGCCUAAGGCCGCGCACGGCAUACGCACGCUCUCGUCAAUUGACGAAUGAAAGACAAAUGCUUAUAUCUUGCGUAGAAAUAAUCAAAACUCUGCCCACGUUAUGGCAACGUCGCGUCAACCGCACAUCAUGCAUACCUAAUAACAAAUAUGCACACUUUACCUGGAAAGCCCAUGGGGAGUGGCCCUAACAAUUAAUCGAUUUUCUAAUAAAAAGUACUCAAAAAUAUUCAACAAAAUUUUCAGUAGUAAUUAACCAGAAAAUCUUACGUAAAAUUAAUCUUCAUUAAGUUAAAAUCUUAAUAGUUUUGGCAAAUUUUCUAGAUUCAUUGUUCAAUUGAUAUUAUAGUACCGGUACAGAGCAUUUACUUGUAUUCCUGUGAAAUAUGUCCGACAUCAGAUACCUCGAUACAGCUUACAAAUUACUGCCUUUGGUACCAUCUCAUCCCCACCCAUACCCACCAUACCAUUGCUUGUUCCAGAGCUAUACUGUAUGUGCCAUAAACAUUUUAUUUCGCUUCAAACUUUUAAGUUAACUUAUCCGUACUUAAAUACUUCUAUUUUACAUUUAUUUAUUUAUUUAUUUACAUGAAGAACCAAACGGUUCUUCCGCAAAAAUCUCGACAAGUUUUAUUGUUUUUUUAGGUUGUAAACAUUUUUUAUUUUGAGAAGUUUGCAAUAUUUGAAUAGGAUGGUGUAAGUUGGAUUGAAUGUUCGCGUGCACUGUCACGUCAGAGUGACUCGUGAAUAGCGAGCCAACACGGCGUGCUAGGGGACACGAACAUUCCGCGCGAUACACAAACCCACUCGUGAUUCUCUACUCUAAGUGUCCUCAAGCGGACAGGCAGAAGCGGAUUACUAUUCUUUGGAUGUUGUCCAUCAUUAAUUAUAUUAUUAAUUCCCUACUGAGGAGAGUCAAUGUAAGUUCGGAAUUAUCUAGAAAUUAAGUCACUCGAUCACAUUUAAUGUAAAAUGUCCGCCUCUACGAAACGUGUAACGUGUUUUGCUUUACAAGCCGGGGAGCGAGGUAUAGUUGGAAAUAGUUAAAGACGCGGGGAACUGUAUGUUCGUCAGUAUCGGGUACUUUGCUUUGUAGCAAUACAUGCUAAACGAUUAGCUAUCGAAGUUCGUCAAUUAUUUUUGAAAAAGUAAAACGCGUUAUAGUUUAUCCCCAUCAUCUCAGUUACACGGCACUUUCUCGUGUAGGGCGUCCCAUAGUGUAAUAGCGACCGGCACUUUGGCUAUAUCGAACCAAUUUUUGAUGUGAUGUCUCCUUGUCUCCUCUUUGAGUCGCAUUAAUCUUUACUAUCUAUAUUUUUGUACUCGACAAACCUACGAAUUUCGGACAACCUGUCCAUUAGCACUGUAACACUAUCGAGCUACACAUUGAUAGAUAUUAAUUAAAUUUAAUAAUUUAACACGGAACUUCGUUCCCUCUCUACGACGUAGUUUUUUAUUCGCGUGUAUUUAACUCAGUUUUUUUCUAUAAUUUAAGCUAGUGAGAAAAUAGCGCUGUGACAAAAAAUUGAAAAUAUAUUUUAAAUCGACUCGAAAAUCAUAUCGAUUGAGCUAAAUUAUAAAUUUAUUGAAUGUCGAUUCUUUCGCGAUGAUUAUGUCGAGUGAAAAGUGUAACUUUUCGUAAAUAUUUUUGUGGUUAGGUUUUAAAUAAUUUCUUUGUGUUUGUCGUCUUCGCAAAUGGUUUUCGAGUAGAUCGUAAGAAUUGUGUGGACAGUCAACAAAACAAUAGAAGAUUGUAUCCAGCUGUGAAAGCAGCGAUGAUCAAAUUGAUCAUGCGGUACACCAUCUGGUACUUAACGCACGUUUACCGCGAAAUGAUGCCACAGACAUUUUCCUGCAAUAAUAAUUAUUGUAUUAGAUGGAAGGAAACACAUGCAAGGCCACUAUUACUGUUCAAAACACCUUUUUAUUAAAAACCGACCUAAAAUGUCCGAGCAAUAUAACACAGUUAACAACAAAACAGUCAUCUGAUAACAUAUUUUUGUUGUAUCCAAUUCUGUGUACUUUAAGGUAUUUAACUUAUACCUUAUUGAUAUCUCCAAUGCUAUACGGAGUUACUUAAAAUACAUAGAUGUAUCUUGUAUACCAACGACAUACAUAAUUAUGGAUACCUAGAAACUUUCUAUAUAUAUCAUAAAUACUUUCUUACAAAAUACAAGAAGCUCUCGAGUUGCCCAACAUGGGGCAUGGUUUACAAAGCCUUAAAAUUGAAAUGUGUUUCCAUUCUGCAAGCAGUAUUAUAUAUUUAGACCUAAGUUGGUGUUUAUGUGCAGUGUACUUACUUUUAGUAUUUAUUAACUAGUACAACCUAAAGGGAUGUAGUAUUAACAUGUAUUUUGCAAAAUACUAUAUUGUAUUUAUAUACUCCAUGUAUGCGCUGAAGAUUGCUAGUUAUCUAGUAUAAGUGUAUUGCUAUAACCAUAUUUAUAAGAAUGUAAUGUAUCUCGAAUUUUUCAAUUUUAAUAAUGUGUGGCGUGAAGGGGGCGAAGUAGAACCACAUUUAUACGACACCGGUAACCCCCGUGGUAUCAGUAUUCUCUAUAAAGUUAGCCAGUUUUUCGUGGAAUGUCAAUUCAUUAUGAUAUUACUCAUUUAAAUUCUAAGACAAGAGCAGAAGGUUGCAAUUUGCGCGCAUGUACUUUUUAAAUAAUAGAUUAGUUUAGCUCGGGUUACUUCGCAGUCCCGGCAAUGAAAACUCUAUUCUGACGCAUUUGUGUCGCUGAGUAUUGACUACACCUUGUAUAUCGGCCACGUGCCUCGUACUCGAUUAUUCAUAGAUCAGACUAUGAUGAAUGCAUUUUGCUCAAUAUGACAUUAAUACAGGGACGAUCGCCAAAAAUAUCUCAAUAAUUCAAUUGCUUGCCCUGUAAAGUAAUGGAUUUGUAUUUAUCAUAUUCUGAACUAUGACCACAGUUAUUUAUCUCGUAUAUACCCAAACAGUAGUGGUAGUAUGUAAGUCCAGUGCAUAUUAAUCUUUUAUAUUAUCCCAGUAUAUUAAUAAGUAUUGUGUACCCUAAUUAUCUUCAGCGUGUACAUUUAAUCACACACACUUAUACGUAAUACUGAAACUAGUGGACUGUAGUGAUGUAGUUGCUUGCAGACUGACAAAUAUUUUGGUGAAUUGUACUAAAUACCAAACCCAUUUAUCCCCAAGCGAUCACCGGUGACUGCUCUCCACUGACUAUAUUACAGACCUUAUUUCCGAUGUUUAGAGACUACUUUGUAUGAACAACAAAUUCAAAGAGUGUCAAAAUAGAGCCAAAGUCAAAAUCAUUUAUUUCAAUUAGACCAGAAAGGUACUUUUGAACGUCAACAAAAAAUAAAAGUAAAACUAUUUACUCAUUCCGAAGAUCAGCAAUUAGAGGUGAUUUUAUCACAAUGCUAGAUGGGAUAAAGUUGAUUCAGUAGACCAUUGUGAUGUACAUUUUAACACACUCUUUAAAUGUUUUAAUUCCUAAAGAUAUUUGCAGUCUAGCAAACUAGUUCGUUGUACGUCAUCGACUUUUUUAUACGUCUUGGAAUACUGGCUGAGGAGUCACGUCUUCUUAUAGGUAAAGGAGAUUAGAUCCAUAACUACGUUUCGUGCAAUACGCGAAUGUCCAUAGUGACCAUCUCCGAUAUCUCUGACGAAUUGUUUGUCUAUUAAUCUUACAACUAAUAUCAAAGAAACUCUGCUAAUGCCUUAUAUGCUAUCCAGUGUUGAUACUCGUCGUCAGUAUACCGAACUGAUACCCAGUUACAUUAUGACUUUAAUUUUAUUAUACUCGAGACUAAAUUCAAUAUUUAUUGUUUAAUCACAAUAUGUUUUAUAACUGGAACUGAAAUUCUCAGAAUGUUUGUUUGACAGCACAUCUGGGUGCCUACUCUCAAUAUCAAUACAAUUUCAAUAAAAACCAAAUCUCAAUAAUUAUUCAUUAUAUAUUACACUUUCGGCACUAUACAAACCUUAUCGUAGCGGUAAAAAUAACAUUCAGAGUACGGAAUAUGAAGCUAAACUUAAUACGGAUGUAGUGGACGCUAAUAUUGUAACUCAAGAGUACGAAAUUUCACAAUACCAAUAUACACAAUACGAGCGAAAUUAGAUUCGAGAGUAACCCCCCAGGUCUCAUCGUAAGUUGUUACAAAAUUAAAUUGAACGUUUCUUAGACAACAACGUCGUGAAUCGCAUGUAUUUGAUAAUGUACCCUAAAUACUUAAAUAGUUCAGAAGCUCAACAGGUACUUAACACAUUGUACAUUGAUCACUCAGUUCAAUUUUUGUAACACUAGUAGUGAGGAUGUGCUAACUUCUAUUUUGAUUCCCAGUUUAGUAAGUGCGUACAAGUGUGUGAUUUAGGCAUUUAAGUGUCUAGUCUAGUUUGCCCACACGCCUGCAGAGGUCGCACAGAUGUUUUAUGGACUGUAUAGAUAGUUACUAACAAAGGUUUAGGAAAAAUUUACUUAGCAAGGCUGGUAGUUACGAUCGGAGUCUGUGCACCUUCUGUAGACGUGUGGGCGGUGGCUCUUCCUGUAUUUAUUAAAUGAACUGUGCUAACUAUGUCUGAAUAAUACAUAUUUCAUCUUAAAUAGCAGUUUUAGACACUAAUCAUAUAACUUAAACAUUGCACUGUAAUUUUCUUAGUACCCGUCAAUAAAUAUAUUGCACAUCGACCCUUUGUAGAGAUACAAGCGGCCAAGUCGCAGCGUA